AGUGCCAAACGAAGGUCCUACUAGCACAGCGCCAACCGAAUGUCCUUCAGUGACAGUACAAAAUGAAGGUCCUAGCACAGCAUCAAAAGAAGAUCGUACUAGCACAGUGCCAACGGAAGGCCCUACAAGCACAGCACCAACUGAAGUUCCUACUAGCACAGCACCAGCAGAGGAUCCUAUAAGUACAGCACCAAUUGAAGGUCCUACAAGCACAGCACCAGCAGAAUAUUCUGUCACUGAAAUGACUACCAAGGCACAGAAUGAAAACCCAAAGGAACUCUCAUCUGUCAAGGUCCUUAGAUCUACCCCUGUUCUAAAUAAGACACCAUCCUCUCCUGUUCCAGUGAAACCAACAAAAAAUCCUACUCGACCUAGUAUGGAGAAGAAUGACAAAUCUGAACCAAAGGAAACUCCCAAUGAUCCUAGUGGCAUUGCUACAAUUAGACCAGCAGAAAAACCUCUUAAUGCUACCUCAGACAUGAAUGGCAAAACAGAUAGUAUUAAAGAUUAUCAAGCUGAUGAUUAUGACACUAACCUCUGCAGUGGUCGUCCAAUCAGUGGUUUGACAACUCUCAGAAAUGGUACCAUUGUGGUGUUCAGAGGACAUUAUUUUUGGACACUGGACAAACAUAGAAAUCCUGAUCCUCCGCAGUUAAUUACAAGUGUGUGGGGAAUCCCAUCUCCCAUCGACACGGUUUACACCAGCUGCAACUGCCAGGGCAAAACCUACUUCUUCAAGGGAAAGAACUACUGGAGGUUUGAGAAUGCUGUGAUGGAUCCUGGCUUUCCCCAACACAUCAGCACAGGCUUCGGACAGAUUGGUUAUAUCACAGCUGCUUUACCUAUACCCAAGUACAGAAGCAGAAAAGAGUCUGUAAUCUUCUUCAAAAGAGGUGGGAUGGCGCAAAAGUACACAUAUCAGAUUACUCCAAAUUGUGGGACAAUGACAAGAAUUCCUAUGCCGACAGUGAGGACCAGAGCCAGACGACAAGCUGCUGCAGCUCUGGGUCAAGUGAUCAAGAUCUCAAAGACCUGGAGGGGAUUUCCAACCAUGGUGACCUCAGCCGUGUCUGUACCCUCAAGGGUGAAAGAGGGAUACAAGUAUUAUGUAUUCACUCAAAACAAUUAUUACAGCAUCAAAAUGGAAAGAGAAAGACCAAUGAUCCUCAAACCUGCUACAGGUCCAAAGGAAAACUCUGCAACCAGCUUCUUUAAAUGCCCAGAAACCCAGAAAAACUGAGUCCUUCGUCUCUUUCCCUCAUGCCGUAUGUGGUAAAUGUAUAUUUCUAGUGAUGCACUUGUCUUAGGUGCAGUGCAAAACAACCUUUGAUACUAAUGCUGCAUCUUUGGAGAUGGAAUUAGGGACAAACAAAGACUUCCUUUGAAACAUUUUAUUGCACAGAUAUUAAAUCAUUAAAAUAUCAUUGAUGGAUUGCUCAGAGCAUUAAACGAACAAGCAAAAAUUAUAAUACUGUACAUUGACUGAAGUCUUAAAGUAGAACAAAGGUAUGGCUGUGUUCUUCUGGUGCCAUUCAUUCAGAAUGUGUUUCUUCAGAACUGCUUCACCUUGCAAAACUUCCCCUCACACCCGUAAUGCCACCUGUAGCAAGAAAGAGGUCGAAUCCACUUGAUUAUGUUAAAUCUUACUGUGUUAAUACAGGUGGGUUAAAAACUAAA